AUGCUUGAAACCCAAAUUUCACAAGUAGCUCAAACCACCUCUGCACAAGUUGUACUUGGAGGACAAUUCCCUGGACAAACCCAACAUAAUCCCAAAGGAACAGCAAAUUCUAUCACCCUAAGAAGUGGAACCGCUUAUGAAGGACCUAAAAAUCCUAACCUAAGCACGCCGGAAAAACCUAAGGAAGAUGCUGAACCUAAAGACCAGGUAGAGGAACCAGAGAAACCCGAAAAGCAAUCAAAACUGGAGGUAGAGAACCGCACACCACAACCUUACAAGCCACCCAUUCCAUUUCCACAAAGAUUGAAAAAUACCAAAACAGAAAACCAAUUCCAAAAGUUCAUUAAGGUAAUAGAGAAACUCCACAUAGAAAUCCCUUUUACCGAAGCAAUAACCCAAAUACCAUCAUAUGCUAAGUUCUUGAAGGAUAUUUUUUCCAACAAACGACGACUCGACGAUCCCAAACCUUUAGAAUGUCAUACUAUAUCCGAGAAUAAACUUUCCAAGAAAGAUAAAGAUCCUAGAAGUUUUUCUAUCCCUUGCGUCCUAGGAAUUCAUAUGAUAGACAAAGCAUUUUUGGACCUAGGAGCAAGCGUAAGUCUGAUGCCCUUAGCUGUCUGUAAGAGGUUAAAAUUAGGAGAGCUUCAACCUACAAAGAUGUCGUUACAACUAGCCGAUAGAUCUGUUAAAUACCCCAUGGGUAUUUUGGAGGACAUACCUGUCAAGUUUGGUCAGUUAUACAUUCCGACUGAUUUCGUAGUUAUGGAUAUCAAAGAAGAUGAUGACAUCCCAAUCCUCCUAGGUAGACCAUUCUUAUCGACCGCUGGAGCUAUAAUAGAUGUUAAGAAAGGGAAGCUGACUUUUGAGGUAGGAGAUGAAAAGAUCGAGUUCAUUCUAUCAAAAUUUCUAAUGGCACCAGUGAUAGGAGAUGCGUGUUAUGCCAUCAACGUCAUCGAUGAGUGUGUAAAUGAGCUCAAUGAUUCCUUAAUCAGAUUACCUUCUACCCCCAUUUUAGAGGAUGACGAAUUUAAGAUUAUGGAACCUUACAUCGACGACAACCUUUUUGAAUGCUUAGCACUUACCCCCGACCCUAUGCCGUGCACCAAGAAACCUGCCAUAGAACUUAAUGAAUUACCCAAAAAUCUAAGAUAUGAGUUUUUGGAUGAGGAGAUGAAUCGACCUAUCAUAAUAAGCGUUACUCUGAACCAAAUCAAAACAAACGAACUCUUAGAUACCUUGCGAAAAUAUCCCUCAGCUUUAGGAUACAAAGUCUCUGAUUUAAAAGGAAUAAGCCCAUUCGUAUGCAUGCAUCGGAUUUUGCUAGAAGAGAAUUCGAAACCCUCGAGAGAGCAUCAGAGAAGAAUAAACCAUAUCAUGAGCGAUGUAGUAAAGAAAGAGGUCCUUAAGUUAUUAGAAGCUGGCAUCAUUUACCAGAUUUCGGAUAGUGAGUGGGUAAGUCUCGUCCAUGUUGUACCAAAGAAAGGAGGUAUCACUGUAGUGGAAAAUGAGAAAGGUGAGUGUGUAGCAAAACGAACCGAAGGAGGAUGGCGCAUGUGUAUAGAUUACAGAAAGUUGAACAAGGCGACUAGGAAAGACUAUUUCCCUCUUCCAUUUAUAGAUCAGAUGCUUGAGCGUCUAGCUAGACAUUCGUAA